AUGGCCGAAUCCACCCACCCUCGCCAGCGGCCCUCGCUGGGCCAGAUGCGCAGCAGUUCGUUCCUCCAAGAUCACCAGCAAUAUAAGCCCCCCGCCCCGAUCAGCGCCAACAUUGGCGAGGUGCUCGGCUCUCAGUUGGACGAGAGUCUGUCUACUCUCACCAAUCCCAUUAAACCGGACCCAGAGCGUGUUCACGAGAGUGGUGUUAUUCACAGUAUCUUCAACCACCAGGCCGCUCAGCUCCCCCACGGCACUCCGCGCAUCGUCGCGACCAUUUUCUACAAAUCCGGCAAUCCUGUUCACCCUCAUAUUCACCCCGAUGUGUCGCCUAACCUCACCACGGGGGAUAAGCUCCCUGCGCCUCAUGUCCCAGUGGGGUCAGCCCCGACGGAUGACAUGGAGAAGAUUCCCCGAGAGCCGCCAGCACCGGAACCGGAGCCAUUGGAUCACCUGUACGGGCCAUUCGUCUCGCAAUUGUGUCUGACGAACUUCCUCCAGAUCCUCGAGACUCUUCCCACCCCGUACCAGCGCGCAAACACGUCGCACCGCUGUCUUGAUCGUGAAGAGCAGCCUCGAGUUGUCGAGGUCACAUUCUCCCCGCCUCCAGACCCAGAAUACCUCUCGUUCGUGGAUCUACGUAAGCACGAGAGCAUCUGGCGUUUCGAGCGCGAGUGGAAUGUCGAGGUAGUCCUGCAAGAGGAGAGUGUUUUCCGCCGGCACAAGCGAUUGGCAGUCUUCGAUAUGGAUAGCACUCUUAUUGAGAACGAGGUCAUCGACGAGAUCGCCAAAUUCAUCGGAGUGGAGAAAGAGGUUUCGGAAAUCACGGAGCGAGCGAUGAACGGAGAGCUGGACUUUGCUGCUUCCCUGAAGGAGCGUGUUGGCCUUUUGAAGGGUGUCCCCGCCGACGUUUUCGAGAAGCUUAAGUCUGUUCUCACUAUUUCCAAGGGUGCUCGCGAACUCUGCGGUGCCUUGAAGGCUCUCGGAUACAAAAUGGCCGUUUUAAGUGGUGGCUUCCAGCCUCUGGCGGAGUGGCUCGCAGGUGAACUUGGACUGGAUUAUGCCGUUGCUAACCACCUUGAAAUCGACACCGCCACUCAAACCCUGACCGGCAAACUCGUCGAAUCCAAGCCCAUCAUCGAUGCAGCCCAGAAGCGCACCCUCCUCAAGUCCAUUGCGGCCGAGAACAACAUCCCUGUAUCCCAGACUAUGGCUGUUGGCGACGGCGCUAAUGAUCUACUGAUGCUUCACGCUGCUGGCCUUGGUGUCGCCUGGCGCGCCAAGUCCAAGGUCCAGCUUGAAGCACCCACUCGUGUCAACGGCGAGAGUCUGGUCGAUAUCCUCUACUUACUUGGUAUGGAUAGUAAGGAUAUUGUUGAACUCUCCAAGCGGCAGUAA